AUUUGCCUCGUUAAAGGUUUAAUUGAUAAAUCUGACGCUCACAUAAUACAGAAAUGUUUAAUUCAGACUAAAAAACAAAAACAAACUAAGCGGCAGUUACCUUUUGAACCUGUGGGCGUGAACUGAACGUGCGCGACUGCGUGUGAUUUGGAACGCAGCGAAAGAAGAGUCUCUCUGCUACAAGCUGGUUAAAAUUACAGUGUGUAUUUAUCAGGAUGUCGGACAGUGAAUCCAUCAAGAAAAUGCUGCGGUCUGUACUCCAGUCCAGCAAGGAAGGCGUGUCUAUGAACAGCCUCCAGUCAGAGUACCGGUCACUGUGUGGAGAGGGCAUCCCGCUGAAGAAGCUGGGCUUCUCAACACUGGAGGACUACCUCCGGAGCAUCCCCUCUGUAGUCCGACUGGAUUAUCGUAUGGGCGAGUUGAAAUGCUUUGCUGCAGUUUGUGAAGAGACAGCCCACAUUGCCGAGCUGGUGGCCAGGCAGAAGAGCUCCAAGAAGUCCGGUCGCUCCCAAGUCGUCAACUGCAAGAUGAGAUUCAAACCUUCCAACCCAUACAUGCUCAAUGUGAGACCAAGGUCCUCUCUCCGUCAACCCUCAGCCUCUGGUGCCUCUAACUGGAUAGCUAACCGUCCUCGGUCCCAUGGUGGCUACAGAGGCUGCAGUGCCUCAGGAGACUACAGGCAGUUGGACCAAAGGUUGAGCUCCAUCACCCCUGUCGAACACAGACAACCUUCUCCACCAGCUGUAAAACAGUUUGUCAUUUCUGACAGGAAGGAGAAGAGCUCUGCAAACUGCCAGAAGCCUCAAGAGAAGCCUCCUGAACAAGUCUCCAGACCCAACCAAUCCCAGUCUCGUCUGUAUGCUGUGGAGCUGGUGCAGAGCAGAGUAACUAAGCUCCUGGAGAAAUACUGCAGUGGACUAUGGAUGACGAAACUAUCAGUGGUCUACAGUGAAAUGUUCAAUGAGAAGCUCCACCCUCAGGCGCUCAUAGAUCUGGAGAAAUGGACACACAUCUGUAUGGUGGAGAAACUUUCCAGCAACUCCCGAGCUGACAGCCUCAUCUACCCUCCUUUGCAACCUAAACCUUCCACUCUCCAUAGGCGAAGCACCACCCCUCCAACAUCAACCACCAAUUCAAGCACUGUCACCACACCCAUUUCUUCACGUCCCCCAACACCUGAACAACUUUCCUCCUCUUGCCCUACUUCCCCUGUUCCUAAACCUAGACUUUCCCCCCAAAGCCCUUUGGCAAAGCCCACCUUCAUUUUCCCUCCACAGCCCGGUGCUGUCUCUUCAGGCAAGCUGUUGCCUUCAGUCAGGUUGCGCAACCCUGCCCACAAACCAGCACUUGCUCCCCAGCAGCCCCCCUGUGCCAAACUUGCAAUCAAUGCCAAUGGUGAAUGUAAUGAUAAUCACAACUUGUCUACAACUAACCUAAACCACAGACAAAACAGAAAGCCCUUAGCCCCUGUCUGGGCUGGCUCUGCAUCAAACAAUGCUACUCCGUUGUCUUCUGGCCUCCGACCUGGCUCUGACAUUUUACCCCUUUUGAAGGUCACCUUCUCCCCUUCCUCUGAUUCUGCCCCUUGUCCCUCCUCAAAAUCUUCUGCUGCUGUUGUAUCAGCUGAGGUUCGUCAGAGAAUAAAGGAGCUUCUGGACAAGUACAGCAAUGGUCUGUGGGCCCAUGCUUUGCCCAAACUCUUCAUGGACACAUACAAGAUGACUUUCCCUGAACAUAUUCUGCAAAACUUGUCUCUUUUGCUGGACAUAUGCACUGUAGAGUACCCCGUGCUGAAUGACAAGAAGAAGGCCAUCCUGUAUAACUCCAGCAGAGCAGACAUGGAAGUCACAGGCAGCCAAGAAAACCAGCAGAGCAGAAACCACCCCCUUCCCUCUGGUCUGGAGGUUCUGGCCCCUGUGGUGCCACCCUGUCUGGUUCUUCCCUCAGAUCAGUAUCCCUCUGUGCUGAUAAGUGACGCCCCGAGCAGCAAUGCUGUUACUUUAAGGUAUGUUGGUGAGAACUACUCUAAUGCCCAGGAGGCCAUGGAGGACGCAAUGCACUCCUUCUACAGCCAAAGAUCCGCCCACCCUCCACUGUCUGACCCUGUUGUUGGUCAGCUGGUCGCAGUCAGAGGGGAGGACGGAAAAGAGAUGGCCAGAGCUCAGGUCAUGGAGGUGAUGGCCCAAAACAAGGUCAAGGUAUACUAUGUGGACCAUGGUUUUUCUGUGGAAACCAGUGGGACUAAUGUGCUGGAGCUGCACCAGCACUUCAUCUCUCUGCCAUUCCAGGCAACUAAUGUUAGACUUGCAGGUCUGGAGGCAUUCAGCUCCCAUCCAUUGGUGCUGUCCACUUUGGACAAAUCGGCAGUCGGAAAGAUCUUGCUGAUGGAGACAUUAGAGCCGUGUGAACAGAAUGAGAUGCCCAUGACAGUGCUGUAUGACACUUCACAAGAUGAUGACAUCAACAUCAACUCCACCUGCCUGAAAGCUCUGCAGGAUGACACCAUGAACAACCCUCUGACUGUGAAUGCUAUCUAUAAGGACGUGUGUGUCACAAAUGUGUGUGCAGAUGGUAUCAUCUACUGCCAGCUGCCCUCCAGGGGAACCGCAAGACUCAGCAAGUUACUGGACGAAACAGAGGCCAUUUUCACGUCCCAGAUGACGUCCGAGUCCCUGGUGUCCAGACCCUUCAGUGGCAAGUUCUGUCUAGUUCGCCACAAAGGAAGGUGGUCCAGAGUGGAGAUCACCAACAUGUAUGGCAACAGAGUGAUGGAGAUCCUCUUCAUUGACUUGGGUGUCUCAGCAACUGUAGAGGUCACUGAUCUCCGAGAGAUCCCUCCUACUUUUCUCAAAGACUUCACCGUCAUCCCGCCACAGGCUAUCAAAUGUCGCCUGGCUGACGUCACUGUUCCAGAGGGAGACUGGAGCCCAGAGGCUGUCCUGUGGGUGAAGGAGGCUAUUCUUGGCACUGAAGAUUGUAGAAUGAAGAUCUUGAAAUUGGACCGGCACAAAGGCGACUUGUUGGUCUCUAUGUACCUCUUCAUCGGCACUGAUGGUCAGGAGCUGGACAAGAGCAUCAACCAUCAGCUGUCCAAGUCAGAGCUAUGGCACAAACUGACAACACAGAACAACAACAAUACAAUCACCAGCAAUACCCUCGGCGUGGAUACAGUGAAGAAUGUGACUCCGGGCAGCCUGGUCCCAAAUCCCAUUUUGAAGGCCUCAAUGCGACCUCUUCACGGAGCAAAGGACUCGGAUAUGACCACCAAAACUGGGAUACAGCCACUUCCGAUGCCUCCUGCACUGGAGCUCCCCCAGCCUGGUCAGAAUAUGGAUGUGUUUGUGCCAGUGGCCUGCCACCCUGGAUACUUUGUGCUGCAGCUGUGGCAGGAUCUGCAUAAGCUGGUGGUGUUGAUGGGGGAGAUGAUCCUCUAUUAUAACCGUACGUGGAAGACCAGUGCAGCCAUUCACAUUGAGAAAGGAGAGAUCUACGCUGCCAGAAUAGACAAGAAUUGGCACCGCGUGCAGGUGAGGGGCAUUUUGUCCACCGGGUUGGUUUCUGUCUAUGAGUUGGACUACGGAAAACACGAGCUGGUCCGCAGUACUAUGCUCCAACCUCUAGUAGAAGAAUUCAGACAGCUGCCCUUCCAGGCGAUCACUGCACAGCUGGCAGGCGUGAUACAGCAGCAGUGGUCAGAGGAGACCUCCAUGGUAUUCAGAAACCAUGUGGAGGAUCGAGCACUUGUUGCCCAGGUGGAGAGGGUGCAGGAGUUGUCGGAGGUUAAAGGUGAGCUUUGGGAACGCAGAUUGACUGUUUACCUGGUGGACACUACACUGGAGAAGAGGGACCUUUGGAUUCACAACCUCAUAGCCGACAUCGGCGGUGAGCUGACGUCUGCAGCCUAGGAUAUCUCCUCAUGAAUGUUUGGAUUAACCAGCAAGCUGACUCUGUGGCUGCAUGUCUAUCUCCUAAAGUGUAUGUUUGAACCAACAGCUGUUUGUCUGGUUCUUCUCAAUUUUCUAAAAAAGGUGAAAGUGCUCGGUAAACUUUGGAUGUCAAAAGUCACGUUCUCUGCCCUUGGUUCAUUUUUAGUGUUUCUCCCGAUCAAAGACUUUGAAGAAGCUCUUUUAAUUUUUUGGGUCAUAGAAGUGAUUUCAACUAGAGACUGAAGAUUUUUUGUUAAGGAGUUCAUUUAUUCUGAAUUUAGGAUUUAAGUUUUGGGAAACUUAGAACAGAAAACAUUACACACAUCAAAUUAUAUUCUUGACAGUCUUACAAGUAAUGAUUUUGAAACAAACCCAAGUCACUUAUAAUUCAUCAAAACCUUUUCUCUUGAAGUUAAGUCGCACGUGUUGCAUGGUUUGUUUAUUUCUGUUCCCUCAUUUGUUUUGUCUGCUGUGCCUUAUGCAUGCUAUGGUGUAGCUUGUUUUGCAACAAAUUUUGUGUGUGUAUGUUUUAACAUUUAUCUAACUAAAAUGACUUAACUGCAUUAUUCCACAUAUCUGUUAAAAGUUCACUGAUGGGAAUACCUUGUUUAAUAUUCUGUGUUACUGGGCUGAAAAGAAUAAGUUGUAAUAUUUCUGAAAUAGUUUGAACAUGAAAAGCUGUUCACAAAUAUUUGUUCUAUUAAAGCAUUGAACCAAA